UGCAUUAGAAGACUUUUUUGCAUGAGGAGAGGCGUGUUCUAUGGCCUCAGAGCUGGGUGCUGGAGACGAUGGCAACUGCACAGAGCUGGCAACACCCCUCUAUCUGCGAUAUUUGGAGAAAGCUCUGCGGUUGGAUAACUUCUUACGACAGACAUCUGCUAUCUUCAAUAGGAAUGUGUCCAGUGAUGAAAGUGAAGAUGGGUUGGACGACAGUUCUCUGCUUCCUCAGCCGGGGGGUCCCUUGAUGCAAGUUAAAGAAGAACCUACAAGCUCUUUGCUGGGGGAAGCUUCAGGGGCAGGGAAUUCUGGAAUGUUAAACACACACUCACUAAAUGGGGUAAUACAAUCUGAGCCAAAAACAGAAAAAGGGAGUCUAUAUAAUUUUUCCAAAUUGAAAAAGAGCAGAAAAUGGCUAAAGAGCAUUCUCCUGAGUGAUAACUCCAGUGAUAGUGAGUCAGCAACUGAUGAAGACGGGGAAGAAGGGGAGGAGUUCACACUUUCUAGGGAAGAACUUCACAAUAUGCUGCGAUUGCACAAGUACAAGAAACUGCAUCAAAGUAAAUACAGCAAAGACAAAGAGUUACAGCAGUACCAGUAUUACAGUGCAGGUUUACUUUCCACAUAUGAUCCUUACUAUGAGCAGCAGCGUCAUCUCAUAGGACCCAAGAAAAAGAAGUUCAAAGAGGAAAAGAAAUUAAAAGCCAAAUUGAAAAAGGUUAAAAAAAAGAAGAAACGGGAUGAAGAAAUAUCCUCUGAGGAAUCUCCACGGCGCCAUCACCAGACCAAAGUUUUUGCCAAGUUUUCUCAUGAUACACCUCCCCCAGGGUCCAAGAAAAAGCAUUUGUCCAUUGAACAGCUGAAUGCACGCCGAAGGAAAGUAUGGUUGAGCAUUGCUAAAAAAGAGCUGCCCAAGGCAUAUAAGCAAAAAGUAUCUGCCCGAAACCUGUUCUUAAGCAACAGCAGAAAGCUGGCCCACCAGUGUAUGAGAGAGGUGCGUCGAGCAGCUAUUCAAGCCCAAAAGAACUGCAAGGAGACUCUGCCACGGGCACGACGCCUUACAAAAGAGAUGCUUCUUUACUGGAAGAAGUAUGAGAAAGUAGAGAAAGAGCACCGCAAACGAGCUGAGAAGGAGGCACUGGAGCAGCGUAAAUUGGAUGAAGAGAUGAGAGAGGCUAAGAGGCAGCAGAGAAAACUUAACUUCCUAAUUACACAAACUGAAUUGUAUGCCCACUUCAUGAGCCGUAAACGAGAUAUGGGACAUGAUGGAAUCCAGGAAGAAAUCUUAAGAAAACUUGAAGACAGUUCUAUCCAGAGACAGAUUGAUAUUGGUGGAGGAGUUGUAGUCAACAUCACCCAGGAGGAUUAUGAUAGCAACUACUACAAGGUUCAGGCUCUGAAGAAUGCUGAAGAUGCCUUCCGGAUUCAUCAGGCCCAGACGAGAUCAUUUGAUGAAGAUGCUAAAGAAAGUCGAGCAGCAGCUCUUCGGGCUGCCAACAAAUCUGGCACUGGCUUUGGAGAAAGCUACAGCCUUGCCAACCCAUCUAUCCGGGCAGGAGAGGACAUUCCACAGCCUACCAUUUUCAAUGGUAAACUCAAAGGUUACCAGCUGAAAGGCAUGAACUGGUUGGCUAAUCUGUAUGAGCAGGGCAUCAAUGGGAUUCUAGCAGAUGAAAUGGGCCUGGGCAAAACAGUGCAGAGUAUUGCUUUGUUAGUCCAUCUGGCUGAAAGAGAGAACAUUUGGGGACCCUUCUUAAUCAUUUCACCAGCUUCUACGCUAAACAACUGGCAUCAGGAGUUUGCCAGAUUUGUCCCUAAAUUCAAGGUGCUACCUUACUGGGGAAAUCCUCAUGAUAGAAAAGUCAUCAGGAAAUUCUGGAGUCAGAAAACUUUGUAUACUCAGGAUGCUCCUUUCCAUGUAGUGAUCACCAGUUAUCAGCUUGUAGUCCAAGAUGUGAAGUAUUUCCAACGGGUUAAGUGGCAAUACAUGGUACUGGAUGAGGCACAGGCACUCAAGAGUAGCUCCAGUGUCCGCUGGAAAAUUUUACUUCAGUUCCAGUGCCGAAAUCGACUGUUACUAACUGGGACACCCAUCCAAAACACCAUGGCUGAGCUCUGGGCUUUGCUUCAUUUCAUUAUGCCAACAUUGUUUGACUCCCAUGAGGAAUUCAAUGAAUGGUUUUCUAAAGAUAUUGAAAGCCAUGCGGAAAAUAAAUCUGCCAUUGAUGAGAAUCAACUUUCUCGCUUGCACAUGAUCCUGAAACCUUUUAUGCUGAGGAGAAUCAAGAAAGAUGUGGAAAAUGAGCUGUCAGACAAGAUUGAGAUUCUUAUGUAUUGCCAACAGACCAGUAGACAAAAAUUAUUGUACCAAGCACUGAAGAACAAAAUUUCCAUUGAUGAUCUUCUGCAGUCCUCCAUGGGUACUACUCAGCAAGCACAAAAUACCACAAGCAGCCUCAUGAAUCUAGUCAUGCAGUUCAGGAAGGUCUGCAAUCAUCCAGAACUCUUUGAGCGACAAGAAACUUGGUCACCAUUUCAUAUUUCGUUGAAGCCAUACCAGAUUUCAAAAUUUCUCUACCGUCAUGGGCAGAUCAGGGUGUUUAACCACUCACGGGACAGGUGGUUGCAGUUUUUACUUUCUCCUUUUGCACCAGAUCACAUCCAGCAGUCUCUCUUCCAUAGGAGAGGCACAGAAGAAGAGAAUUGUUUCUCUUUCCUACGGUUUAUUGAUGUUUCUCCAGCAGAGAUGGCAAACCUCAUGCAUAAGGGACAUCUAGCAAGAUGGUUAGCUCUUUUCCUGUCUCUGAAAGCCGCCUACAGGCUCCAUCACUUUCGCUGCUGGAGAGAGCUGGAAGAAGACAGCCAACAUAAGUCUCAGUGUCUGAAGAACAAAGAUUUCUUGCUUGAUGUAAAUUUUCCACUCUCCCCUCCCAACUUGCACAGCUGCACUUUGCUGAGGAACCUUGUGUUCACGAGCCACUGUAAAGCAGUCACUGGCUACACUGAUUACAUCAUUCAUCAGCGAUCAGCUACCUCAUGGAAACAGUGUUGUCAAAUUAUAGAGCUGCCAUCCUUCCUGUCUGUAGUGAGUCCAAGGGUAACAGCUGUACCAUUGGAUUUCUAUUGCAAUGAUCGAAGUGCAGAAUAUGAGCGUAAGGCACUUAAAGAAGGAGGAAGCCUUGAAGCUAAGCAAUGUUUAUUGUAUGGAACACCUGAACUAGCAGCAGGCUGGCUGAAACGAUGCUUUCAGUUUUUCCCUGAACAUCCAGGAGGCCUCAUGGGGGUCAGACCUCAAAAUGGCUGGUCUUUCAUCAGAAUACCAGACAAAGAGAGCCUGAUCACAGACAGCGGAAAGCUUUAUGCCUUGGACAUUUUGUUAACAAGAUUGAAAUCUCAAGGACACAGAGUUCUUAUCUACUCUCAAAUGACACGGAUGAUUGACUUGUUGGAGGAAUACAUGGUUUACAGGAAGCAUACGUAUAUGCGGCUAGAUGGCUCAUCAAAAAUCUCUGAAAGAAGGGAUAUGGUAGCUGACUUUCAGAACAGGAAUGAUAUCUUUGUCUUUUUGUUGAGCACAAGAGCUGGUGGUUUAGGAAUUAAUCUUACAGCUGCUGAUACAGUAAUAUUCUAUGAUAGUGACUGGAAUCCAACAGUGGAUCAGCAGGCCAUGGAUAGAGCUCACAGGCUGGGUCAGACUAAACAAGUCACUGUCUACCGUUUAAUUUGUAAAGGCACCAUCGAGGAGCGCAUUUUGCAGAGGGCUAAGGAGAAAAGUGAGAUUCAAAGGAUGGUGAUUUCAGGUGGCAAUUUCAAACCAGAUACAUUGAAACCUAAGGAAGUUGUUAGUCUGCUUCUGGAUGAUGAGGAACUUGAGAAGAAAUUGCGUCAGCGUCAGGAGGAGAAAAGACAGCAGGAAGAGACAAAUCGUGUGAAAGAGCGUAAACGGAAAAGGGAGAAGUAUGCUGAAAAGAAGAAGAAGGAGGAUGAGUUAGAUGGGAGGAAAAAAAAAGAAGGCAUGAAUCUGGUGAUCCCAUUUGUUCCAUCUGCGGACAAUUCUAAUCUCUCAGCUGAUGGGGACGAGUCAUUUGUUAGUGUAGACUCUGCCAUGCCUAGCCCUUUCAGUGAGAUUUCCAUCAACAGUGAAUUGCACAUGGGAUCCAUUCCACCUGAUGAGAGCAGCAAUGACAUGCUGGUUAUUGUAGAUGAUCCAGCAUCUUCUGCGCCUCAAUCAAGAGCAACAAACUCUCCUGCUUCCAUCACUGGCUCAGUUUCUGACAACAUGAAUGGAAUUUCAAUACAUGACAUGCCUGUCACAGGGAGAGGUCAUUCAGGUAGAAGCCGAGGUCGCCCCAAAGGUUCAAACAGCACAUCAAAAACCACAGGGAAAGGCCGAAGCCGGAAAUCAACAGCAGGAAGUGCAGCUGCUAUGGCAGGUGCUAAAGCGGGAGCAGCUGCCGCCUCUGCAGCAGCAUAUGCGGCAUAUGGCUACAAUGUGUCUAAAGGUAUGUCUUCAGGCAGCCCUCUCCAAACGCCACUUAUUCGACCUGCAGGACUUGCAGAUUUUGGACCAUCAAGCGCCUCUUCACCCUUGAGCAAAGGAAACAGUGUUUGUGGAUCUUCCAAAACCUUAAACCUGAUAAGUUCGUUGGCACCAGAAAACCCAAUACGAAAACAGUAUAAAGGAGCGCACACCUCAGGCGGGCGGUAGUAAUUUUGAACCCAUGUGUGUUCAUGCCAGCUUUCUAAACAGUCCAUGCCUACCAGCAAAAGGGUAUACAGAUGAUGCCUUGUCUCCAUCCUGUAUGUGGGUGUGAAGAGAAGAUUGCUGCACUACUGGCGCAGGAGGUGUUCUCCAUGCACUUUCAUGUGUAGCCCACAUUUUCUACCUUUGCAGAUUUGUGAAGAGAAAGGAGACCGAGACUAGGGAUGCUUGAGAUUAACUUUUUCACUAAGUUUUUUUCUGGCAUCCUAAAAAUCAUGUGGGAAAAGGAUCCAGCUUCCAUGUGAGAUUGGCUACAAGAUCUCCCCCUUUGUUCUUAUUCACACCAGCACCCUCUCCCCUCAUCAUUCAGGUUUUAAGUGGAAUUCCACUUCAUUCUUACAAUGAGAUCAGUGUCUAAACGUUGGGAGUGCCCUGCAGAUUGAGAAUGCGCCUUUUUGAGGGAGUGGUGGAGGAAUAACUUGACGGUUCUAAUGUGGAUGAAUGGUAGGAUACUAUAAACAGCAGAUUUCAGGGGAAAGGAGAGAGAAGUUUUGCACUGUGUCCAAGAAGAGGUAUUUUGUCAAUACCAUGCUUCUGAACUCCUGUUUGUUUGGUUAAACAGCAGUAGGAUGAUAAGCUUUUCAGAAUGACGUUGCUGUCUCCUAUCACAGAGUAGAAGAUUCUGUAACAUCACAGUAAUCUAAUAGAUGCAUUAAAUUUCAUAGCAUUGGGUUUUAAGUAUUUCCAAGUAUUUUGGCUUAUGUGGCAAUCUUGAAAAAACUUUUUGAAUUUAAAAGUCAUUUUGUGUGUACUUUUAACAAGAAGCUAUCUGAGAAGGAGAAAAUGUCAUUAUUUUCCCUCUCAUUGUGCCAUAGAAGAGCUUUCUGUUAACAUUUUAGGUACCACAAGUCUCCACACUACAAAAUAAGAACACUGAGGCAUGUGUUACUCUCACUUCCAUGCAAUCCCUAGCUCAAGCAGUGUUGUUCAUUCCAGGCCAUCCACUCACCGUAUUCUUUUUUUUUUAAAGCAAGUGUAAUUUGUUAGAUGUGUCCACAUCUACCUCCACUGUGAUGUUCUGGCACUGUUGCAGAGCUCUGUGAAGCUAGUGAAAGUUGUCAGAAGAGCAGCAACGUCAUGGGUGUAACUCUUUGUUCUGAUACUCCAUUCUAAAUGCAAAAGAACCCUCUGCUUUGGCAUGAUUUAGAGAUAUAUGUAUACUGUCUGCAUUGCACUGAGAUGAAGGAGGGGUCCAGUUCUCCUGUUUUCACAUUGAGAUUAAGUGGACAUUCUUUUUGGGCAUUUUCACCAUUCAAGGGAGAACCAGGUUACGAGGUGAAGAUCUUAGCUAAGAUAGCAAAGGAUUUUUCAGUCUCAUGCACCUUGCCUGGCAUCCCACAGUGUAGAGGAAGUGCUUCCUGUUUGACUCUGCCUCUAAUUUGCACACCCGAAGAUUGCAGAAAUGAGUUCAGUUAGAUUGAUUUUUUAGGGGAGAAAAACAGAUUUGGAGGGAAUAAUUGGGUGGGGAGGGAUAUUUAAUUUAAAUCAUGAAGAUUUUACCCUGCCUCCCUCAGAUUCACAUGUGUAUAUACUGUGUUUAGAGGGAAUCAGAAAAAAAUGCCAAGCUUUUUUUCCUCUUUGAAUGUGCUGUCUAUUUUUAUAACUGAACUUGUAUAUAUGUAUAAAAAGAGACACAUCUUUCUUUUACUAACUGGAGAAAUGAAUCUUAAAUAAAAUGGAGUGAGAUAAUUUUAUGUAAAUUCAGACUCU